UGCGCCUGAUGUUGGUCCAGGCUUCGCUUCACACGCUUCCUGUCCAGAAUUUGACCAUAAUCGCUACAUUUGGGACUUUUUCACCCGGUGAUGGGAAACCAGGGGAGGAGGCGCUGCGGAUGGACAGCGGCGUCGUUUUCUCACUUUUUCAUCUUUAAAUCAAGGACCAUGCUCUGGGGCAGCAGCAGGACUCUCACCUCUUCAGAGUCACCACCUGACAUGACGGAUUAAAGUGAGUGGACUGAGGCUUUUGCGCCCCCUUCUGGACGUCUGUGUACCUGCAGGCCAUGGCUGAGUCCACCUACUCCGACCUGAUCGCCAAACACUAUAACUACACCGGCAAGUACCGCAAGACAGACCCGGACGCCGGCCUGAAGGCCGACUCUGUGAUCUUCAUCAUCGUAUGCUGCUUCAUCAUCCUGGAGAACAUCCUGGUCCUGACCACCAUCUGGAGGACCAAGAAAUUCCACAAGCCCAUGUACUACUUCAUCGGGAACCUGGCGCUGUCCGACCUGCUGGCAGGUGUGGUCUACACCGCCAACAUCCUGCUGUCGGGCGCAAACACCUACAAGCUGACGCCCACGCAGUGGUUCUUCAGAGAGGGCAGCAUGUUCGUAGCGCUGGCUGCGUCCGUCUUCAGCCUGCUGGCCAUCGCCAUCGAGCGCCACCUCACCAUGCUGAAGAUGAAGCUGCACAACAACGGGAACACCUUCCGCGUCUUCCUGCUCAUCAGCACCGUGUGGAUGAUCGCGGCGGUGCUCGGCGGCCUGCCGGUCAUGGGGUGGAACUGCAUCCAGAGUCUGAGCCGCUGCUCUACGGUGCUUCCGCUCUACCACAAGACCUACAUCCUGUUCUGCACCACCGUCUUCAGCAUCCUGCUCAUGGCCAUCGUGGCGCUGUACGCCCGGAUUUACGUGCUGGUGCGCACACGCAGCCGCAAGCUCAGCUUCCGCAAGGUGACCAACGGCCGCAAUGCAAAUGCCAACAGCAAAAGCUCAGAGAAAUCCAUGGCUCUCCUCAAGACUGUCAUCAUCGUCUUGAGCUGCUUCAUUGCGUGCUGGGCGCCGCUCUUCAUCCUCCUGCUGCUCGACGCGUCCUGCGAGACGCUGGCCUGCCCCAUCCUCUACAAGGCGGAAUGGUUCCUGGCACUGGCUGUGCUCAACUCCGCCAUGAACCCGCUGAUCUACACGCUGACCAGCAACGAGAUGCGCCGCGCCUUCCUUAAAACGCUGCUGUGCUGCACCUCCUGCCUCCGGCCGAAAGCCAAGUUCUCAGGUCCCAUCAUGGGUGCCGAGUUCAGUCGCAGCAAGUCAGAUAACUCCUCCCACCCCAACAAGGAGGAGCCAGAGUAUUCGCCCCGUGAGACGACGGUCGUGUCCUCGGCCAACAUCACCUCCUCGUCCUAAAUGACACCCGCAGAUGUACAGUGUAGUUGGGACUGGUGUCAACACCACUAGGUGGCGUCUUUUCUCCGUGAUCAGCACUUACAGUGACUUAAAAACUGGUGAAACUGGGAACUGGGAGUCUGAGCCCAGCCUCAGCGCGAGUCUCAGUAACGGAGAAUGCCACCGAGAGUGGACUUUGGUGCUCGAGAUGCAACCGGAAGUUUCCACGAUCAUCGAUCUGAGUAGAAGAAGCGGCCUUAGUACUGACAUAUGUAGAUGUUCUAGAACUCGUAGCACUUAAAUGUUCAAGUAUUUAAGAGUCAUCAGUUGUCGUGUCCUGCAGGUGAGUUCAAGGCUGUUUCACAUCAUCAGUUCUGGCACCUUCAGACCUGCGGAAGCCUUUUUGUUGAGAAGAAAGGAGAUGUUUGUUUUGCCAGCACCACUCGGUUACUGUUGGGUCAUUGUCUCUUAUUUUAGGUCACGAAACAGGCCACGGCACAUAAAAACUUCCUCUGUAGUUUUUCCAAGAGGCUCCUCUGGGUCGAACUGGCUUCUGGAGGUUGUAAUUAGAAACAAUGAGCAGUUUGUAUUGCAAGCGUAUCAAACUGCAGAGCAAAGCAUCGAAAAUAUCUUCGGAUCUAGCCGAGCAGCGGUACAACUGCUUUCUUUAGGAGCUUGUCCCGAACCACAAUUGAGUAGUGAGCGUGUGUACGGGUCGGUCCAAGAAAAACAAAUGGGCUUUCAUUUUGUAGAGAAGGGUUGGUGGUUGUGAGGGAGAGCGGCAUCUGUGACUCAUGUUUGGAGAAGUUUCUCAUGACGACGGUCACGCUCUUGCAGCUACGGAACACCAGAACUGACCUGGAACUGUAAAAACAAAUUGGCGGUGGUCACUGCGUUGUUUUUGUUUGCGGACAACCUUCAAUAUACCUUCAGAAUGUUGCCAUCCAGGAUGAUCGCCAUGGGACCGGUGUUAGCAUACCUCGCAGACGAUGAAGUCAUUUUACUUGUUUUUUAAUUUAUAUUUAUUUGCUCAAAUUUUCUUCACACCAUUACAAUUCACACCAUUGAAAUUGUUACAAUUUUAGAGCUCAUAUUUCUAAUCAGAUGCUGAGAUGGAGCGAGAGACUGUGGAGGGAACUCGGAUUGUUAGCAGCAGAGCUGGCUAAUGGCUAGUCGGCUACUAUUUUGGCAACGGAAAAAAAGCAAAGUACUGCAACAUGAAGGGGCUGCCUACAAAAGAUCGCAAAUUUUAUCUGCAAAAAACUCACACAGACAGAUGAACUCAGGACCUGAGUGUGCUUCUUCACUACUCUGACAAGUUUACUGAGCGUAAAUCCACGGUUAGCAAACCAGUUUUGAGAAAAGAAGACACAACAGCCUGGCGUGUUUAGAAACACGACCAUGUUGGUGGCGCUACAAGCCACUUCCACUGCCAAAAUGUGCGUAUAUUUUUUGGUGACGUCAACUGUAAACAUUUUUGGGCCACGCCUACUAUCGAGUCAGACAAUUGUGAAGAUUUGAGACCCCCCUCAUACUUUUUACAAUUGAAUUUUUCCUAUUUCACUCCUCAGUACUGAUCUUCAAAUCUGAUCACUGAUCACUUCAAAUCCAGCUAAUCCAUCAGGUUUGACUGCGUCACAUGGUCAACAUUUAUAACAGACUCUUAGCACUUCUGUAAGCUGUCAGCAGUAAAUGGAUGAAUAAGCUCCAAUUUGCUCCCAUUUGAGUUAAUCUCCUUUAAUUUAGGGGGGUGUUCAUGAAAUUUGACAGUUUGCAUUGCUUGUCCAAGGAGGGCACAGUGUUGAUUUUAGAUUUGUUUCGGGUUUGUUCUGACGUAUGUGUUCCAGUGCCCGGUAAGAAGGACAUUUUCCUUAGUACACCUCAGAAACCGUGUAUGAUUCAACAAAGACAUGUUACAAAGGGUCUUACUGUGAAGUUAAGACCCAUUAUUAAUAUGAUUUAAAUUGUUCAAAGAAAUGGGUGAAGGGGGAAAAUGUGUGAUCGACAUUCUACGUUCAUAAACCUGGUUUUAGCACUAUCUAGUGGCUGAGUUUUGUGAGUGAAACUGAUCUGAUCGACUAAUAUUCCGACAACAAAAGCAAAUGCAGAUUUAGCUUUUUUUUUUUGUCUACAGCUGAGAAAAUGUCUCUUUUACCGACCUGACUUUUUCAAUUUCAAUACCCAGAAUAAAGAAGCAAGUAACUAAAACGACGUGUGUCAUGCUGACAUGCAAGUCAGUUCCUCUCUAACUAACUUUUAGCAGUAAACAGAAUUUAAGAUGUUGAAAAAGCUUUUCUUUACGAGAAUGAAGAGGUUUGUUCAAAAUAACCAUACGUGGUUCCUGUCUGAGGAUGCCAGAAUGUUCUCGCCACUCGCCCGUGUAUUCUCGCUAGUACACUGUUUCACAUUUGUAUUUAAACAUGUCGUUCAACAGCUUUGAAUUCACCUGCCCUCGUGUUUCCUCUGUAAAAAGUUCAUAACGGUGUACAAAGUUGUAGCAACGUCAGAAUGUAUUUUCUACUUCCUGUUUGACUUGGAGACCAUAGUUUUAGCAGUUUAGCGUUAUUAAUUUAUACUUGAGGAAGAGAAGUGUUGCUGUUAGAGCCGAGACGCUGCUGCCAGUGAAAUAAUAUCAAUA